AUGUGCUUGUCAAUUGCUGCGAAGAGCAGCACCCUGAGUGCAACAACCCCCCAUCCUCACCCUGCCUUGUUUGCCCACACACCCAAGCCCCAAUCGCCGCUCACACCACAUUCCGUUGGCGUUUGCACACACCCCCAAGUCCCAAUUGCCUCUUGCCCCAAAUUCCGCUCUUCCGUUUAUCAACCUCGCGAUGGUCUUCCAACACUAUGCUCCGCCAACAAAAGUGGUGGCCAUCCGCAUGCUCAACCAAGAAUACCACAAAGAUGA